ACCACCGACGCCACGCAAAAGGACGCAUCGACAAAGGGGGGAAGCCAUCAUCACGACUGCGGCUGCUUUUCUUCUCUUUGCUUUGCUUUACACUCUCUUGUUUUCCUUUUCCUUCUGUAACGUGCUCUACAGGACACUGUAUUCUUCCACUGCGGCCCGCCUCGGCAUCGUCAUCGGUCGCCUGCGUCAGCAACAACUUCUUCUUCUUCUGUACUAUAACUAAGCGACGUCUACGAUUUAUCUCAUCGUCACGAACUUGCACCCAUCUAGAUACAUGUCAUCAUAGCAAACGAGGCCCCCGCGCCAAUCCCUAUAAUCAGCCAUGCCUUCAGAGAAGCAGCCCUUCUACGACCCGGUGCCUCCGACAUACGAUGAGGCUCUUGCCGGCAGCAGUCGACGCCGCGAAGAUGCCUGGUCCCAGCGCGACGAGCGUGAUGCUCCCAACACCGAAUCAGAGUCGCUGUUGCGCCAGACGGGUGGCACAUCUGCCAGCUCGUCGUCACGCCGCCCCCACGGAUACAGACCACCGACUGUCGAGACGGACGACGAAGAUUCCCUGUUUGAUGGCCUGAGCGAUGACGACGAGGAAGACGAGGUCCGUCAAGUGAUGGAAGAGAUGGACAUGGAAGAACCCGAGUCGAGAACGUCGCGAUGGAGAAAACGUAUGCCGUUUGGACUCUCGCUCCCGCGGUUCAAGUGGCCGAGCUUCCCGCGCGUGCGCAUCCAGUUGCCCUCGGGCCCUGGCGGCGAGAGUAGCUCCUCCAAUAACGAUAAUAAUAAUAACUCGGAAUCGACAACGACCCCGACAACUACAUGGACGCUUCCGGCUCUCCCCAAGAUUGAUGGCGUGACGGUGCUGGUUACGGUAGCCAGGCUGCUCGCGCUCUUCAUUCUGAUGGGCUUCUUCUUCUUUUUAUUUACAAGUGGUCUGCUCGUCAGCCCGUCGCAAUCGAGAGGCGGAGGACGAUACCCGCCGGCGUCUGUCGAGCACCAUAUUCUCAACAAUAUCAAACCCGAAACAAUCCGCCACAACGUGGAGCAUUACUCCAAGUACGCGCAUAUGGCUGGCACAAGGGGCAGCAGGGGACUUGCGGACGAUAUGUUCAAAAUGUUCAAGCAUGCAAAACUACCUUAUUACGAGGAGGACAAGUAUGAAGUGUAUCUGAACUACCCCAAAGAAAAUGGCCGCGCCGUCGAGCUCAUGGACGCUUCAGGCGAACACGUCGAGUUUAGUGCUGUACUAGAAGAGGACGAGCGCCACGUUGAGACGAGCGGACACCAAACAUAUGUCUUUCACGGCCUGUCGAGAUCGGGCGAUGUCAAGGGUCCUCUUAUAUAUGCGAAUUACGGAUCUAGACGAGAUUUUGAGAAAUUAAAGGAGGCAGGCAUCGAUACCAAGGGUGCCAUUGCGCUUGUUAGAUAUUACGGCCCCGUUGACACGGCAGGCCUCAAGGUCCAGGCUGCUGAGGCCGCCGGCUUUGCUGGCUGCUUGAUAUACAGUGACCCUGCGGACGACGGGUUCAAGAAGAGUAAAGAGGCGCCAGACGGUAGCGGAAUGCCCAAGGGUGCUGUUCACAGAGACACAGUUGCCCUGUCACAUCUUGUCAUGGGCGACAUUCUCACCCCCGGCUGGGAGAGCAAGCCCGAACUGCCGCGCCUGGAGAUGCAGAAUGUCCACAUGGUUAACAUUCCUAGUUUGCCGCUUUCGUGGCGCGACGCCGAGGUCUUGCUGAAGCGUCUGAAAGGACACGGCGAGAUCGUCGCCGAGAACUGGAAGGGUGCGGUUCCUGAUGUCGAGUGGUGGACGGGCAAUGUCACAUCCCCCAUUGUGCGACUGAAAAAUGAGCAAGACGAAGUGAGGCACCAGGAAAUUUACAAUGUAUACGGAAAGAUUCUCGGCCAAGAGCAAGGCGGCAAGUCCAUCAUCAUUGGCAACCGCCGCGAUGCCUGGUCUUUUGGUGCCACUGACCCUCACUCUGGCACAGCCAUCAUGUUAGAAUUGGCACGCAUCUUUGGCGAGUUGCACGAGUUUGGCUGGCGUCCGCUGCGCACUAUCGAGUUUAUGUCUUGGGAUGGUGGCGCGUACAACAAUAUUGGAUCUACUGAGUAUGUCGAGAUGAACCUGCAAAGACUACGGAACGACGCUUUUGCAUACAUUGACCUCAAUGCCGCAGUCUCUGGCCGUGAAUUCCGCGCAUCGGGAUCGCCAAUGUUUAAGAAGAUACUGCUCAGCGCGCUGGACCGAGUACAGGAUCCAUUUACGACCAAGUCGAUGCGUCAACUGUGGGAGGAGCGCCGUGGCGAGAUUGAGAAUCUCGGCACGGACAGCGACUACGUAGCCUUUCAGAACAUUGCGGGCACCAGCUCACUUCACUUGGAGUUUACCGGCAACGUCUUCCCGCGCCACUCGAGCUUUGACACGCACGACGUUGUCGAAAUGCAUACCGAUCCGGGCUUUGAGUAUCAUGUCACCAUGGCCAAGAUUGUAUCCUUUAUUCUGUACGAGCUAGCCGAUCUUAAUAUCUUGCAGCUUGACCUGCACUCGUACGGCGAGAGUCUGGGCCACUGGAUCGACGACCUGCAGCAGUGGAUCAACGAUCAGCCCGGCCAUAAGGAGGACAAGCAAAAGUUUAGCCUCGACGAGAUGCGCCAGGCCGUAGAUACAGUCAAGUCGACCGUAGCCCACUUCGAGGAGUGGGAACAGUCGUGGAAGGCGGCCACGCGCAACUCGCGCGGCUGGGAGGACGACCAGAUUACGGAGCUGCGCAAGGCAUACAAUGACCGCAUGGGUCAGUUUGAGACGGCGCUCCUCGAUCAGUCGCAGGUCGGCGGUGGAUUGCCAGGCAGAAGCCAGUUCCGACACAUGGUGUUUGGGCCGCAGCUGUGGCCGGAUCGCAAGGAUGCGUAUUUCCCACUGAUUCGGGAUGCUAUUGUCGAUGGCAAUUAUACUGUUGCGCAGGAGGGCGUGCAAAAGAUUGCAGAGCAUAUCCGGCGUGCGGCGAGGGCGCUUGAGUCGCCUACUCAUCAGUCACUAUAGGCCGGCUGCUACUGCAAGUUAUGUAUUUAUGGCGUUGGAAUUGGCAUUUGUACGAUUUGUUUGUUUGGAAAGCAUGUAUAUAGCGACAUCAUUACGUAUUUUCAUACACUUUUCUUUUUGGUUCUG